GGAGCGAGAGGGAGCGAGGGCGAGGGAGAAGGAGAGGGAGAAGCAGCAAGGAGAGGAAGGGAGGGAAAGCAUAAAGCCAAGGCCAAGGGAAUGAGCCGGACAGGGGAGGCAGAGAUAGGCGGAGAAGCCUGAGAAAGAAGGAAUAACAGCUUUCCGGAGCAGGCGUGCAGGGAACUGGCUGCUAUUUUCUUUUUUUCUCUUCCUUUUUAUUUUUUAAAGAGAAGCAGGGAACAGAAGCAAUGGCCGAGGGAGAAGACAAGCCGAGGUGCUGGUGACCCUGGGCGUCCAAGUGGAUUAUUGGGGCUGCUCUCCAGGGGCCUGUUCUCUCUGCCUUCCAAUUACACAUACCCCCACUUCCCAGCCAAUGAAGACGAGAGGCAGCGUGAACAAAGUCAUUUAGAAAGCCCCCGGGGAAGUGUAAACAAAAGAGAAAGCAUGAAUGGUGUGCCCGAGAGACAAGUGUGUCCUGCGCUGCCCCCACCUUUAGCUGGACCAGCGCAGCCGGGCCCUGCCUGUCCCCACCUACUCACUGGUGAUCUGACUUUUUUUUAGACAUUUUUUUUUCCCUUUUCUUUUCCAUUCUCUUUUCUUAUCCUCCUUCAGGGCAAGGCGAGGAUUUUGAUUUUGGGACCCAGCCAUGGUCCUUCUGCUCCUUCUUUAAAAUACCCACUUUCUCCCCAUCGCCAAGCGACAUUUGGCAAUAUCAGAUAUCCGCUCUAUUUAUUUUUACCUAAGGAAAAACUCCAGCUCCCUUCCCACUCCCAGCUGCCUUGCCACCCCUCCCAGCCCUCUGCUUGCCCUCCACCUGGCCUGCUGGGAGUCAGAGCCCAGCAGAACCUGUUUAGACACAUGGAGAAGAAACCCAGAGCUACAAGGCGCACAGUCGGCUUCUUCGUGCUCAGGGUUGCCAGCGCUUCCUGGAAGUCCUGAAGCUCUCACAGUGCAGUGAGUUCAUGCACCUUCUUGCCAAGCCUCAGUCUUCGGGAUCUAGGGAGGCCGCCCGGUUUUCCUCCCUCCUUCUGCACGACUGCUGGGGUCUCCUCCUCGCCAGGCCUUGCAGCCCCCCGGCCUCUCUCCCCAGCUUGCGCAUGAAGAUGCACUUGCAAAGGGCUCUGGUGGUCCUGGCCCUGCUGAACUUUGCCACGGUCAGCCUCUCUCUGUCCACUUGCACCACCUUGGACUUUGGCCACAUCAAGAAGAAGAGGGUGGAAGCCAUUAGGGGACAGAUCUUGAGCAAACUCAGACUCACCAGUCCCCCCGAGCCAUCGGUGAUGACCCACGUCCCCUACCAGGUCCUGGCCCUUUACAACAGCACCCGGGAGCUGCUGGAGGAGAUGCAGGGAGAGAGGGAGGACAGCUGUACUCAGGAAAACACCGAGUCGGAGUACUAUGCCAAAGAAAUCCAUAAAUUCGACAUGAUCCAGGGGCUGGCGGAGCACAAUGAGCUGGCCGUCUGCCCCAAAGGAAUCACCUCCAAGGUUUUCCGCUUCAAUGUGUCCUCAGUGGAGAAAAAUGGAACCAACCUAUUCCGGGCAGAAUUCCGGGUCCUGCGGGUGCCCAACCCCAGCUCCAAGCGCAGCGAGCAGAGGAUCGAGCUCUUCCAGAUACUCCGGCCUGACGAGCACAUCGCCAAACAGCGCUAUAUCGGCGGCAAGAAUCUGCCCACCCGGGGCACCGCCGAGUGGCUGUCUUUUGACGUCACUGACACUGUGCGUGAAUGGCUCUUGCGAAGAGAGUCCAACUUAGGUCUGGAAAUCAGCAUUCACUGUCCAUGUCACACCUUUCAGCCCAAUGGAGACAUCCUAGAAAACAUCCAUGAGGUGAUGGAAAUCAAAUUCAAAGGUGUGGACAGCGAGGAGGACCACGGCCGUGGGGACCUAGGGCGCCUCAAGAAGCAGAAGGACCACCACAACCCUCACCUCAUCCUCAUGAUGAUUCCCCCGCACCGGCUGGACAACCCGGGCCAGGGCGGCCAGCGGAAGAAGCGGGCCUUGGACACCAAUUACUGCUUCCGCAAUUUGGAGGAGAACUGCUGUGUGCGCCCUCUCUACAUUGACUUCCGACAAGAUCUGGGCUGGAAGUGGGUCCAUGAACCUAAGGGCUACUACGCCAACUUCUGCUCAGGCCCUUGCCCCUACCUCCGCAGUGCGGACACAACCCACAGCACGGUGCUGGGACUGUACAACACUCUGAAUCCCGAAGCGUCUGCCUCACCCUGCUGCGUGCCCCAGGACUUGGAGCCUCUGACCAUCCUGUACUAUGUCGGGAGGACCCCCAAGGUGGAACAGCUCUCUAACAUGGUGGUCAAGUCCUGUAAGUGUAGCUGAGACCCUGCCUGCGACAGAGAGAGAGGACAGAGAACCGCCACUGCCUGACUGCCUGCUCCUCGGGAAACAAAAGCAACAGACCUCAACCAGAGGCCUGGAGCCCACAACCCGUUGGCUCCGGGCAAAGGGCUGAGACGGAAGUUCCCUUUCGGGACAUUUCUCCUUCUUGCUGGCUCUGAGAAUCACUGUGGUAAAGAAAGUGUGGGUUUGGUUAGGGGAAGGCCCAACUCUUCAGAAUACACAGAUUUUCUGUGAUGUAGACAGAGGUGAUGGGGACAGACGAAGAGGGAUGGCAGGUGGACAUGUGACACAUCAUGCGGCCAUGGAUCUGGGACACCCUAGGGAGGAGGAAGGGCAGAGAAUGGCCGGGGACGGGGCCAGCCUGGAAGACACUUCUGAGGUCAGAUUUGCUCAUCGCUGCCCCACAUCUGCUCUAGGGAAUCUGGAACAUUACACAAGACAAGCAUUUUCUUUCAGACAGGUUACCCAGACAGAGUCCCAGAACCGUAUCUCAUACUACCUGGGAUUAAGGAUGAAUCUGUUGUUUUUGCAAAUUGUCCUCUCAACAGCAAUCAGCAGCACCAAUGGUCAUUACAGGGGAGAAGAAUCCAGGUAAUGUGGUUCCCGGGCCAUCAGCGAUAUUGGGCCAUAUGGAUAUGCUGAACUCAGAAGCAGAGGGUGGGAAUUAACACCCUCCUGUCUGCCCUCUGGGUCCUUCCUCUCCCCUGCUUCCUCAAUCAUAUUUCCUCUUGGACGUAUGGCUAGACACCUUCCAGGUCAGGGUGCACAUGUCUGGAUUUUGGGUCUGUGCAGUCUUGGGGAUUAUGGGUUCGCCUCUACCCCCCAAGACCCUGGGUUCACCUGGUGUUCCUGGAAGCAGGUGCUACCAACGGGUGAGGCAUGUGGGGAGGUUGCACAUGUGCCACACGAUGACUUGGCCCCAGACACAUAGACUGAGGUAUAAAGACAAAUACAAAUAUUACUCUCAAAAAUCUUUGUAUAAAUAAAUAUUUUUGGGGAAUCUUG